AUGGGUUCGGUACCGCCUCCAGCAAGUGGCCCAGCGCCUCGCUUCAUUGUCAUCGGAGGGGGUUCACGUGGAAACGCCUACGCCCGGGCUGUUACAGCCUCGACCAAUGGUCAAAUCGCUGCGGUCGCCGAUAUAAACCCAUUUGUGAGGGAGGAGUUUGGUCGAAAGUACAUCUGGGGCGACAGGAAGGCCGCUCCUUACGAGUCGUUUGCAACUUGGGAAGACUGGGUCGAAUGGGAGACUGCCCGCCGCAAAGAUCCUUCUAUUGUUCCCGAUCCUGCUUAUGUUCCAGUCACGGGCGCCUUCAUCUGCACCCUCGAUGAAACACACGCUACCAUCAUUAGAGCACUGGCACCGCUGAAUCUGCACAUUCUGUGCGAAAAGCCCCUGGCUUUGUCCCUGAGCGACUGCUUGGACAUCUCGUCAGCCUUGUCCGCACAACCUCCAAAGAUCACUUCCAUAGGCCAUGUCCUUCGCUACUCUCCGCACAACAUCCUCCUCCGAAAGCUCCUACUGGAAGACCAGGCCGUUGGUGAGGUCGUGAGCAUCGAACACACCGAACCCAUCGGCUGGUGGCAUUUCUCGCACAGCUAUGUCCGUGGCAAUUGGCGACACAUCAAACCAGAUGGUGUUGGCUCGCUCCUCACCAAGUCGUGCCACGACAUCGACUUCCUGAUGUGGAUGCUGACCAGCCCAAGCUCUCUGACCGGCGACCAGCCUCAUUUACCCAGCAGCAUCCACAGCACCGGCGCCAUGACCCAUUUCCGCAGAUCCCGCAAGCCGCGAAAAGCAGGCAACGCCACCAACUGCCUCAAUUGUGCAGCCGAGCCUGAUUGCAACUACUCGGCACCGAAAAUCUACCGUGACCGCUGGCUACGCAAGGAAAAGGACGUCGGCUGGCCGCUCAAGAUCAUCGUGCCCGAAAUCGAAGACAUCGUGGACAGCUCCGACUGGGACAAGGCCGAAGAGACCCUAAUGACCCGUCUGUCCGAGGACUACAACGAAGCAACCCCCAAGCAGGAAGUCGAAAAUCGCAGCUGGUACGGCCGCUGCGUCUACGAAUCCGACAACAGCGUCGUCGACGAGCAGACCGUCACCAUAUCCUGGGAUGAGAACCCCGUACCCAACACCCCGGCCGCAAACGGCUACGGCCGCGGCCCCAAGACUGCCUUGUUCCACAUGACCUACCCAACCCAGGCCCAAUGCGACCGUCGCGGCCGGAUCUACGGCAGCCUGGGCGAGAUCAGCUACGACUCUAAGAAGAUCGAGGUGCACACGUUUGCGGAAGGGGACACAAAGGUGCACGUCAUCCCGAAGCAGGCGCCGGAAGUGGAGAAGGCGCACGGCGGCGGUGACUGGGGGCUCGCAGGCGCCUUUGUAAGAGCCGUAGAGGAGGUGGAGAGCGGGGAGCUGGGAGUCAAGGAGGCGCAGUGGCGCUAUGUGGGAUGUGAUAUGGAGGAGAUUGUGAGGAGUCACGCGGUGGUGUUUGCGGCGGAGGAGUCGAGGAACGAGAAGAAGGUGGUGGAUUGGAAGGAAUGGUGUCAGCGUAAGAUGGUGCCGAGUUGA